CUUUGACUACACUACUAUACUUUGCACACAUUAUGCAGAUUCAAACAUUGUUACUUGCCACCGCAUGGGGAGUGUUGUCGCACUUGGCAAUCUUCAUUCGGGGCGAAUGGCAUCUUCGAGCUCCGGCUGUAGGAGCCGUCCACACUAUUGUCCUUCUGCUGAGCAUCGCUCUAGCCAGCACUCACUCGCCCAACGCGGUCACUAAUACACUGGCAUGCUUUGGCUGCUACCUUUCGGGCCUGUUUAUCAGUAUGGUAGUAUAUCGUUUGUACUUCCACCGUCUUCGAUGCUUCCCCGGCCCACGCCUUGCUGCAAUGAGCAAAUUGUGGUUGGCCUAUCAAUGUCGCGAUUCUCGCAACCACCUUGUCCUUGACGAAUUACACCAGAAGUAUGGAACGUUUGUGCGCACUGGUCCGGCUGAGAUUACUAUCUUCCACCCUGCGGCCUGGGAAGCCCUAGAUGGUUCUGCCAAUCGCAAUAUUCGAUCCGACUGGUACGAUUUAGUCCACCCCCGAAUCUCUCCAAUCUUUGCUCGAACGGAGGAAGAUCAUCUCAGCCGACGCAAGGUUUGGAGUCGUGCGUUGUCAACUAAAGCCAUCCGCGAGUACGUACCCCGAAUCCUGACGCAAAUUGACCGACUCGAUGCAAUCAUCGCCAGUGCCCAGGGUCAACCGGUGGUGCCCAAUGACCUUAUGCCAUGGUUCGUCUUCGACUCCAUGGGUGAGUUCGCCUUCAACGAAAAUUUUGGCAUGAUGAAGACCCAAACCUGGCAUCAUGCGAUCACCCAGCAGAGGUCAGCCUUGGCAAUUCUGGGCUCCCUCAACCACGCAGUGUGGGCCAUCCGGGUUGCCUUCGCCUUUGCGGGCCGCUUCUGGCGUGUGAAAGACUGGAACCGAAUGGUGACCUUCUGCGAUCAGUGCAUGGAGCGAAGGCUGAAGAUGGAAGUCACGAAGCAGCCCGAUAUUGCCGCUCAUUUUAUCCAAGAAUAUCGACAGGGACUCACUCGGGAGAAUAUGUCGGUCAAGAAGCAACUUCUGAGCGGUAAUACCUUAUCUGUUAUUGUUGGUGGAAGUGACACUGGGGCACCAAGUCUGAUCAUCCUGUGGUAUUUUGUUGCUCGCUAUCCCGACCACGCCGAGCGUAUCUACCAGGAGUUACAAACCGUCGAUCCGACGGAUCACACAGCACUAGCCACUUUACCGCACCUCAAUGGGUUCUUGAACGAAGCAAUGAGGUUGAUCCCAGCUGCAUUGACCAUGGGAACUCGGCUCACGCCACCGGAAGGAAUGGUCGUUGAAGGUACAUUUAUCCCAGGAAAUAUCAAGGUUGUUGCUCCACGUUAUACUAUCUCUCGAAUGGCCUCCGCCUUCAAGGAUCCUCUUACUUUCAUCCCUGAACGCUGGUACAGCCAGCCGGAACUGGUCCUUGACAAGCGCGCAUUCACCCCGUUUGGCGUGGGGACCCGGACUUGCGUUGGAAAGAACUUGGCACUGACUCAGUUGCGGCUGGUGCUGGCGAUCUUAUUGUCCCGGUAUCGCGUGCGGUUUGCGGAUGGCGAGACAGGCCAGGCCGUGGAGCGCGAUAUGCGCGACCAACUCACUGCCCAGCCUGGUCGCUAUAGCAUUGUUUUUGAGGCUCGUGAUGGUGCCUAUUUAUCAGAUCGUGCAAAGUAUUGA